AUGAAGCAGCAGGAGACCCUUCAGAUGAUGAGGGAGGAUGUCGGGGCUCGGGGGAGGCAUCUGGCGGAUCACAAAGCAUCUUUGGAUGCCAGGGAGCAAGAGAUCUCCCUUUGGGAGGAGAAUCUUGAAGCCACCCUCCGCGCCAAGGACAAGAGUUUGGAGACCUUGGUGCAGCAACGCACCAAAGAACUAAAGGAUGAGCAUGGGGCUGCUUUGGACACCCUCUCUACUGAUCAUGCUGCCCAACUAAAGAAGCUUGUUGACGAUCUGGAUGCUGCAUCCUCUGCCAAAGCUGAGCUUGAGCGGGAGGUGGCCAAACUGAAUGAAGACCUUGCCGGGAGAGCCAAGGAGGUGGAGGCACUUAGAGAAGAGGCCCGGCAAGCAGAGCUCCACCUGGCUGAUGUACAAUCGCAGCUCUCCUCCAAGACUCAAAGCCUUGAAGCCGCCAACAGAACCAAUUCUGAUAUGAAGGCAAGGAUUGGCUCGCUGCAGCAGUCGGCAAAGUCCCUCGAAUCCCGGCAGCAGCUGCUAUCUAAGGAGUUGGAAAACGCCAAGCAUCUACGGCAAGAUGCAGAGGACAAACUGAAGAACCGGGUCGACAUGAGCGACCUCUGGAUCAAGAUCAUGAUUGAUGUUGCUGAACGUCUCGGGGCCCAAGCUAUGGCGAUGGGCAUGGAUGGCCCAGUCUACUCAGCCAACGAGUAUGAGGUCCCGAGCGUCAAGCUGGGGUUCUUCUUCGACGAGUUCGUCGACAAGCUGAAGGUCCACGAAGAGGGGAGGGCCAAGAGUUUCGCGACCGAAUCGCGGAGGCUCACUCACAACGCCCUCUUCAUGGUCUUGAGCAACAUCGCCUGUCGUUGCCCAGAGCUCGAUCUUGACGACGGCUUCAGGAAGCCGCCAGUGGGUGCUGACAUUGCUGCCGCUGAGGAGAAGGCUGCUCCCCGCGCUGACAGGGUUCUCCUUGUUUAA